AUGGCGGUGCACUACUGCGGGCUGUGCCGCCGCACCUCCUUCUCCGGGCGCCGGCACCUGUACAGCGCCACGCACCGGCAGCGGCUGCGGGAGGCACUGGGCCGGCUGCAGGAGGAGGUGGCGGCGGCGCGGGCGGUGGCGGCGGCGGCGGCGGCGGGCGACGGGGACGGCGUCGGGGCCGUGCGGCGCUACGACCCGGCGGAGCACGAGCGACGCGUCUGGUGCCUGUGCUGCGGGCGCGGCGUGCGGCGGGACGGGCGGCGCGGCGGGCUGGCGCUGCCGCAGGCCGGCCUCCUCCAGCACCUGGCCGGGCCCGAGCACCGCCGGGAGACGGCGCGGUUCUGGCGGGAGAACAGGGCGGAGGCGGCGCUGCGGGAGCGGUUCCUGGUGCCGCCCGAGGAGUACGAGCGCUUCGCGCGGGCGCUGGAGCGGGCCCUGGCCGCGCACCAGCGGCGGGAGGAGGAGCGCAUCCGCCAGAUGGCGGCCGGCAUCCGGGAAGCCGAGCGCAGGCAGCGGGAGACGGUGCAGGCCGCCCUCCAGCAUCAAACAGAGCCAGAGCUUUGUGCGGGACCUUCUGUCUGCAGCCCCCCCCCAGCAGAACCCGAAAGGGACCCCUCUCACGAUGCAGAGCAGCCAGGCCCGAGCGGGAUGCAGACAGGACCCAACUUAAACUGGAUGGAAUCAGGCCAGGCUUUGACCUUCAUUGGCCACCAGGAAACAGAAGGGAAAGGAAACGUUCACACAGGAGCAAAACCUCCGUGGCUAACAGACGAAGAGGAUGGAAGUAAACAACAAAUUGGACCUUCGUAUGAGGAAUUUCUCAAACAAAAGGAGAAGCAGAAGCUGAAAAAGCUCCCGGCGGAGCGCGUUGGUGCCAACUUUGACCAUACCUCUCAGACAGGCGACAGCUGGCUCCCUUCCUUUGGGCGGGUUUGGAAUCAUGGCAGGAGGUGGCAGUCCAGGCAUCAGUUUAGAACUGAAUCAGGGGAAAAGAAGAAAAAAAGUUGAUCAGAAGAGGAGCAAUGAAGAAACCAAGCUGUGACUGUUGAGGAAAGGUGGACUGUAGGUAGCUGCAACUUUGUCAGUGCUGCUGCCAAGUUUAGCGCUCUAAUAUAUACAUCUUGAUGCGUUCAGUCCUCUGGAAGGCAGCAUAACGACAGUGUAACACUGGGUUGAGCACUGCUACUGAAAGCUACUCUGCCAGGGGGUGUCGCGGCAGACCCACUCCCCCUGGAAUGGACACGCAGUGCGUAUCUGGGCAUCGAUAUCUGAAGUCUUAAGCUACACCAAGGCAGAUCCUGCCAGCAGGGAAGGUCUCCUGCCUAUGCCCUAUCUCCAUAAUCAGAAAGCCUACCUUAUACCGCAUGCGCUGCCAGUGUCCUACACUGACGGGUAGCAUGACAUCCUGUUAAACAAAUUCUUGAGAAAUAAACUUUUUUUUUUUAAAAUUA